CUUUACCGCUUCUUUUUCAAUGCCAAACAGUGUCUUUAGCUCUCCCCAAGCCCUCUUUUUCCCUUUUUGUCUUUAACCUUGAACCCAGCGCCGGGAGGUUUGGAUGCGCAGUGCCUCGACCACUGCAAGCAUUUUACCCACUCAGUAUCUUUUUUCACUGAACCCUCAAACACAGCUUAAGUACUAAAAUCAGAACUCACCAUCGACACUCGAAAAACAAAACCUUCAAGCUUCCAAUUCAUAUGCUCUUCCCUUAUCCCAACUAUAUCUAUAGAUAUUAUAGAACUCAUGCUUUUAUAUUCUCCAUUAAAUAAAGAAACGCACUAGAAGACUAGAAACAAACUCCAGAUAAGGCUAAAUAAUCAUUCAAAGAAGCCACCAAAUUAAGAUGGAGAUAUUGUCACAGAUGUGGUCAUUCCUCGGACUCCUCACGGUCCUUCAGAACAUCUUGCCCUCGCAUCUUCUCUCCCUCCUCCACUCCUUCUACGAGUCCCUCCAAGACCUCUUCACCCCUUACUCCUACUUCGAGAUCCCCGAAUUCAAUGGCUACUGCGGCGUCGAUCCCAACGACCUUUAUCGCCAUGCCAACCUCUACCUCAACUCUGUCAACCCUUCUGCCACCUGCCGGCGUCUCACACUCUCUCGCUCCAAGUCCGCAAAUUGCAUCUCCUUCACUGUGGCUCCCAACCACACCAUCCACGACACCUUCAAUGGCCACAGCCUCUCAUGGACUCAUCAUGUGGAGACGGUGCAGGACUCGCUAGAGGAGAAACGCAGCUUCACUCUCAAGCUCCCCAAGAGCCACCGCCAGACCCUCCUCAAGUCCUACCUUGAUCACGUUAGUUCAACUGCUGAGGAAUUUGAACGUGUGUCACGUGAAAGGAGGCUUUUCACCAACAAUCGGCAUGGGUCGUAUGAGUCAGGCUGGGUAUCCGUGCCAUUCCGUCAUCCCUCCUCAUUUGACACACUGGCCCUUGAGCCAGAACUGAAGAAACAAAUAACGGAAGACCUCACAGCUUUUGCAAGCGGGAAAGAAUUUUACCACAGAAUCGGACGUGCAUGGAAACGAGGAUACUUGCUCUAUGGGCCUCCUGGGUCUGGCAAGUCAAGCUUGAUCGCAGCAAUGGCAAACUAUCUUUGUUACGACGUGUAUGAUUUGGAGCUCACCAAAGUGACAGACAACUCUGAGUUAAGAGCUCUGCUGAUCCAGACUACCAAUCGUUCCAUCAUAGUGAUCGAGGACAUAGAUUGUUCUGUUGAUCUAACGAUGGACAGACUGUCAAAGAGAUCAUCACGUUCACGGCCGCAGCCACCAGUAGCGAUGAAGGGAAAUGAUUAUCAGGAGAAUAGCAGAGUGACCUUAUCAGGGCUAUUGAACUUCACUGAUGGUUUGUGGUCUUGUUGCGGAGAGGAAAGAAUCAUAGUUUUCACCACCAACCACAGGGACAAUGUGGAUCCUGCUCUGGUUAGGUGCGGUCGCAUGGAUGUGCAUGUCAGCCUGGGAAGGUGUGGGAUGCAUGCCUUCAAGGUCCUGGCUAUGAACUAUCUCAACCUCGACUACCACCCCCUGUUUCAAGCGGUGGAGAGUUACAUAAGCUCUGGCGGUUCCUUAACUCCAGCUCAGAUAGCGGAGGUGUUGUUGAGGAACAGAUGGAAUGCUGAAGUGGCGAUGAAAGAGGUGGUGUCUGCCAUGCAGUUGCAGUUGCAGACGCAGUAUAAUCAAGGCGGUGAUGGGGCUGACUACGACGAGAUAUUGAUGACUAGGUCUCCGGAGAGUGCGUUAGCUGUGGGGUCGCCAGAACCGUGGGACUCACCUCCUUUGAAGGUUGGCGGAAACGGGAAGAAAAGGAAAGAAGGGUCCAAUGGAGAGAAGAAGGUUAAUUUCUUAGUGAGGUUAAGGUCUUUGACCAAGUAUGAUUCUGACAAGAGAGUCUUAUGAGCAAUUAGAAUCACCU